AUGAAAGUCGAAAAUAGGACGUUUGUGGUUUCUGGAGGCUCCUCUGGGCUCGGAUUGUCAACUGUACAUGAUCUCCUAUCCAAGAAGGCCUAUGUAGCCAUUGUUGACCGCUCGCCACCCCCUCAAACGAUUUCAUCUUCUCCAAAUGUCAAGUUUUACCAAACCGACAUCACAGUUCUCAAGGAAGUGGCUUCAGCCGUGGACAAGAGCGUUGAAUGGGCAGCAAGCACAGGCGCGCCUCUUGGCGGCGUCAUCAACUGCGCGGGUGUUGGUACAGCAUCGAAGAUCAUAGAUGCCCAUGGCAAACCUCAUAAUCUGGAGCUCUGGGACUUCACUCUAGCUGUCAAUCUGACUGGAUCAUUCAAUUUGACGCGCUUGGUGCUGGAGCAUCUCGUCAAAGUUUCCCCAGAGGAUACAACAGAUGGAGAACGAGGGGUAGUAGUGUUCGUUGCAAGUGCCGCUGCUUUCGAAGGCCAGCCAGGGCAAACAGCUUACUCUGCAACAAAGGGGGCACUGUGCUCCAUGACUCUUCCCAUGGCCCGUGAUCUUGCUAGACACGCCAUCCGCGUCGUUACUAUCGCCCCCGGCGUCUUCGAUAGUAGCAUGACCGCCAAUUUCCCCGCCAAAACACGGAGAAGCCUCGAGAACGAAGGUAUUGUGUACCCAAGGAGGUUUGGUCAACCGUAUGAAUUUUCAAAGACCGUUAUGUGGAUCUUGGACUGUCCAUAUGUCAAUGGCGAAACUAUUAGACUGAGCGGAGGGGGACGACUUCCAGGGAAACUAUGA